GUCAUCAUUCGUGCCAUACAAAUCAAAACUCCCUUGACCUCUCAAGCAGAUGUGGAAAAUGCUAUCAAAAUAUGGCUAAAACAUGCCAAACAACGUGAGCAAAAAAGAAAUGCUGGUGCUCUGGUUUGAUUGUAUUAUCAACUACUUUUUAUGAAUUAUUAGCAUAUAUUUUUAUUUUUAAAAAUGUCAAAACGUAAGUUGAAAGAAUUGGUUGGUUCAAGACAAAAGUGUAGAAGGGCUUUACAAGCGACCAAACAAGAAUUUCAAUAUAAGUCAAGAACCUCUGUUAACCCUGGACGGGGUGCAGAAAAUGUUGAUGAAACAAAUGACUGCUUUUUCUUCAAUGAUACUAUUAGCAGCAACACUAGUAGUACUAGUACUAGUACAUCAUCUGUUAAAGUUGAUAAAUCAAUCAGUUCUGAUAACAAUGAUUCAUUAUGCACAGAAACUUCUAUUGCUAAUGAUUUGGCUGAAUGGGCUAUAAAACAUAAAAUUUCACUUUCUGCUUUGACACACCUACUUCAUUUGCUUCAUCCUUACCACCCUGAACUUCCUUUAGACAGUCGUACCUUGUUAUCAACCCCAAAAUUUACACCAAUUGUUGAUAUAGAAUCUGGUCAGUUCUGUUAUUUUGGAUUGAGGAGUGCUCUUUCUAAGCUUAUUUCAAAUGAUACUUGUGUAGACAAAAUUCAAAUUAGUUUUAAUGUUGAUGGCAUUCCACUCUUCAAAAGUUCAAAAAUGCAGUUUUGGCCUAUUUUGGGAUUAAUAAAAAAUAUUUCUGGUAGUAGACCUUUUGCAAUUUCCAUCUUUUGUGGAAAAAAUAAACCACAUCCUUUAAAUACAUUUCUUCAUCCAUUCAUAGUAGAAUUGAAAGAUUUAUUGCAAAAUGGUUUUGUUAUUUGUAACAAACACUUCACAUUAGAGGUACAUAGUUUUGUGUGCGAUGCACCUGCAAGGGUCUAUCUAAAAGGCACUAAAUUCCACUCAGGAUAUUCCUCUUGUGAUAGAUGCACAAUUCACGGAGAAUAUUAUAAACACAAGGUAGUUUUCAAUGGUUUAAAUGGUCAGAAACGCACGAAUGAAUCUUUUCGCUUACAAUUGGAUGAUGAGCAUCAUAUCUCGCAGACUAGUUUUCAUGAAUUACCAAUUGAUCUAAUUAGUAGUUUUCCGAUUGACUACAUGCACAACAUUUGCUUAGGAGUAGUUAGAAAGCUACUGAAUACUUGGAUUGCAGGAUCCUUGAAGGUUAGAUUACAACAUCAGAGAGUUAAAAUGAUUUCAGAACGAUUGCUCAACCUUAAAAAUAUGAUACCAGUAGAAUUCAAUCGAAAACCCCGUUCGCUUAAUGAACUAAAUUAUUGGAAAGCUACUGAAUAUAGAAUGUUUUUAGUGUACUUAGGUCCUUCGGUUCUUAAAGAUAUUGUGGAUUUAGCUAUAUAUGAAAACUUUCUUGCUCUUCAUUUUUCUGUUUCAAUAUUGUUAUCACAGAGCCAUAUUGAAAAAUUUAAAAUCCCUUUUGUGAGAAAUAUCAUAAAUGUAUUUAUCAAACAUUCAAAAUCUUUGUAUGGUUUGGAGUUCAUGGUUUAUAAUGUACACUUAAUGUCACAUCUUUGUGAUGAUGUAGAUUUAUUAGGCAAAUUGGACAAUUUUUCGACUUUUCCGUUUGAAAAUUAUUUGGGAGAGAUAAAAUCAUUAAUAAAAUCUCCAACCAAUCCCCUACAACAAGUUCAUCGACGACUUGUUGAAAAGGAUUUUUUAAUUUCACAGCCAGUAUCUAAUAUUACGUAUAAAUUGGAAAGUAAACAUACAUUGGGACCACUUAUUUUUGACGAAAAUUUGAAAUGGAAACAACAGUUUCAUAAAUUGAGAUUACCAGGCAUAACAUUAUCAGCAUUUAAUCAUUCUAAGGCGGAUAGUUAUGUUUUAAUUGGGAAUAAAAUAGUUGAAAUUCAUAAUAUAGUAAAAUCUGCUGACAGUCAAAUAUAUCUUAUUGGCAAAGAGUUUCUUGGCUAUUCAGACUUAUAUACAUAUCCAUAUCCUUCCAGCAAUUUAAAUAUUUUCAUAGUUGAAAAUCUCACAGAUCUCAAAAUAUGGCCUGUUGGGAAAAUAACUGCCAAAUGUAUUGUUCUUGAAUUAAGGGGUUCUCUAAUGGCGAUGCCUAUUAUUCAUAGCCAAUUUUAGGUUCUUUUUUCCAAUUUUUCAUGCAAAUAGAGCAGUCAUUUGUUUCACAGGACGUUUUGACAUUUUAAAAUAUUACUUUCAUAAUAAAUAAACCAUAUACUAUUCAGUAUUUCUAAUUUGAACAGAUAUUACAAUACAUUGUUAAUUUGUGUUAUGAAAACUGGAAUUUUAAGUUUCUUUUGCAGUUACAUCAUGUUUUUCAUGCUAUUGAUAAAUAAAUUUUAUCAAAAUAA